AGCAAAAAAUUGCGUUUUGCGGUAGCAUGGAGAGUUUGCACAGAAGCGCAUCAAAGUGAACACAAACUGUUUGUUAACAUGCUUCUCGCCGUCUAUCUUCGCAAACUCCUGGCGGUAACCGUCCGGGCGUUGGUGGUUUGGCCUUUGUUUUCCCCGGACGAUGAUGGUUCGCGGACGCUUUUGGUUGGAGCGUUGCAGGAACACAGUAGAAUAACUGCGCCAGCACCCAGCAACGGCGUAGGUUUCGACGGCACUGGCACUGCGGACGCAAGUCGAGAGGACGAGGAGCGCGGCAUUCAUGACGGUGAUGGCAGUUCCAGCCAUGCACCUAUCGCUGCUGCUUCUUCAACCGGGGCGCAGCUUCGUCGAGAGAGGACACCGCUUCGCUCCAACCUGGAACAGGCAGCCGGCAGCCAAGCGCAAAUAGUCCAAAGCUCCAGGGAAGAUCAUGCCGCGUCUUUCCUAGAAGAAGGGGCAUCAUCAAGAAUAACAGGGUCCUCGGCGGCAUCCUCCUCUUCCUCGACUUCAACUCUAAGCGAAAGUGGUAGAAAAUCGAAAGGGUUCGUGAAGGCAAUCUACACGGUCUCACCAACCGUCCGAUCACUCGAGUACAAGACGAAAGCCGGAGUUCCCCACCUGAUCAACGCUUACGUCCCCGACACCUCCCCGGACUGGACGCGGUUCCCCCUCUACGUCCUCAUCCCCUCCGCCGGCGACAAUUUCUGGGCGCCCCUCGCGCAGGAAUUUGCGUUCCAGAUGGCGCAGCGCGGCUACGUAGCGGCCGAAAUCGACUACGACCGGCGGUGGACGUAUUUUCGGCACGACCGGCUCUGCACGCUGAAGGACCGGGCGCCGGAUUUUUUCCAAGGACCGAACUCGGCGGUCGGAGUGUUAUGCGCGGACCUUCCGCAAGUCGACUGCAGCAUGGGCAUCGCGGUGCACGGGAUCGGCCAAGGAGGCUACAUUGCGCACUGGGCGAAGAACUACAUCCCCGACGUGCGGGCCACACUGUUCUUCGCCGUUGGGGACGGUCUGCAGGCGGAUGAGUACCCCAGUAGCAAGUGGGCGGACAUCACCGGGGGAAGUGACUGCUAUCUGGACCAGCAUAACCCGCUGCCGCGAAUGCAGCGAAGGUACUAUUGGUCUACCAAAAAAUCAUCGGAUGCAUGCAGUCAUUUGCAUUCGGUGGGAGCCACUGUUUUAAGGAUCUCUCAGUGCGGCGCUUCUCUUACUGUCGCAGGCAUUGUCACAUCUUUUUCACCACAUCACCUAUAAGGUACCUCGCCGGAGAAAACGACCAAUAUGCAGGAGGCACUCCGCCCGGCGUAGUAAAGUCAAUCAAGGGUGUAUCCGGUUACAGUUGCGGUUCGUACGCGGACUGCCUGCAGCCGGACGGAAGCGGAUACAUGGUAGUACCGCCGGCCUUCUACGCCGAUAGCUGUCCGUCCGCCCCGCACUAUUUUUUUCAGGUACAGGAGUAGUUUUUAGUUUUACUGACCUUUUUCACCACGAGUACGAAAUCCAAUUUGAGUUGUACCGACACCAUGAUCAACAAAACAGGAAAUGUACGGGCUGUACGAGCACCACUACCCGGUGUGUCAGUUCUUGAGCUACUCUCGUUGGGCGAUGCACCAGAGCUUGGAGUGGUUAGCGCAACGCACGGUGUACUCCGUCGGAGUUCCGUACGAGGUCCCCUACUACCCGCUGAAGGAGAAAGGCUGCGUUUUCUGUCCACUAGCGGAAACGGAUCUAUACCUUCGAGAAGUCGGCAACUUACUCACGCCCACUUUCUGGUUCGGCCUCCUGUUCUUCAUCCUUCUGGGUCUGCUAGCAAAGCGACAAAAGCGGCUACGGUUGCAAAACGCAACAGAUUUCGGUGAGUGCAAGACUUGAUGUGUUUUCCGUUGCAUUGUUACUGUUACGUACUUCUUUGCUUUGCUUAUCCUUAUGCAGGGCGAUUCAUGGCCGGAUUCAUUGUGCAAUAACUGCUUUGUCAACGCCCCACCACAGACGCCGAGAUGAAGGAAUACCACAGAAAGAAGAUGGAGGAGAGUCGGCUAGCCCUGAUGAAGACCUACCCGGCAAUAAUAGACUUGCAGGACCCUAACACGGCAGCAAGAAUGGCUGCGGCGCACAAGCACCAAAGCAUCUUCGAUAUGUACGCCGCUCCCGGCGGCGAUGAUCCGCAACGCGCGGCCGCCGCCGCCGCGGCGGAAAGCAAGUGGAAGCAUACGGAGCAGGCGCAAACCGUUGCGCACACGGAGAAUCUGGGAGGGUUCCAGGUCAGUUUCACGCCCACGCCCGACAACUCGCAGCCCCCAAUAGCGAGCGUGCUGCAGAAUCCGGAGGCGCACGGGCACCACGUACCUGGGCAGCCCGGCGUUGUUCCAAGCGAAUCGGAAGACGAGCCGACGAUUCGGGGGACACCGGUCGGCAAAAAGAAAGGCGGUACAAGUGCGCUAGGCGGCCUGGCGACAGGGUUGAUGAAAGCGAAGAAGGGCGAGGGAGAGAACCAGGCGCCAGUAGCUCCGGCGGUAGACCAAGGGGUAGACGACACGGCGGCUGCAGCUGCUGCUGCAAAGGCCGCAGCGGCCCCUGCCGAGGCGGCGGCACAGAAGCAGCGCGAAGAAGAGGCGGCCAGACAAGCAGCGGCGGAACAAGCAGCAGCGCAGCAGAAAGCCGCAGAGGAGGCUGCAGCCGCCAAGGCCGCCGACGAGGAAGCUACGAAGGCCGCGGCGGAAAAGGCGCAGCGGAAGGCGGAGCGGGCCGCUGCGCGGCAGAAGGCGGCGGAGGAGGAAGCGGCGCGGCAGCAGGCGGAGCAGGAGGCCGCACAGAAGCAGGCCGAGGAAGACGCUGCAAAGGCCGCGGAGGAAAAAGCCAAACGAAAAGCAGAAAGAGCGCAGGCAAGAAAGGCCGCUGCCGAGGCAGCCGCCGCUGCGGGGGAAGCUGCUGCGGAUCCGGCUACUCCAGGGUCAGCAGCAAAGGUAAGUUUUGCGGUUGCUCGUUUGAUGUACCACCAUGGCCAUGCACUUUGACUUUCUACUGUCUGCUUUAGCUAGGUGCUUUAUGUUUCGGCUUUUAACUACUAAGUUCUAGAAGCAAGUAGAUGGGCGUGAUCCGCAACGAGCAUGCAAGCUUUUCAGGACUCGAUUCCACAUCAACCACUAAAACACCAGACGGGCAGCGAAUUCCAAACACCAGAAAGUGGUGUGUCACCACCUGCUGCCCCCGCCGAAGAUGCGAAGAAAGAGUCCAUCAUCGUGCGGACGAAAAUGCAGAUAUUUACGGAGAGCGGCGAGAGCCGGUCCGCCGGCUUGGAUUUCACGAAGGAAUUCGCGGUGAAAACGGUGGAGCCGGGCGGGCAAGCGGACGAGCAAGGCAUCAAGGUCGGGUGGCAGAUGGUGGAGUUUGCGGGCACGGCCGUCGGCGAAAAAUUCAAGCUCAAAAGGGUGAAGAAAGCACUCGUCGAGUCAGGCGCCACUGAGUACGAAAUCGCGUGGAACACCAACGUGUAGUAGAGGGAACAGAAGGGCACGGAUCCUGUUGUUCUCUUUAUUGAUUCACGUAUUCCUUUUCCUAGAAACACAAAAAUGGUUGCGCUCAAGUUGUUGAAAUACAGCACGGAUGUUGUCUCCGAAUAAUUGAUGAAAGAUUGAAUGCGAUGAAUGUCAUCCAGAAGGGUUCUUUCAAGAUGGCCAAGGAAAGAGCAAGCAAAGUUUCCGCAGCCCCAGGGCCUGGGGCAUGGAAUUUUUAACGGACAUCUCGAAAUGCGCUUGUAUGUAGUGAGGUCACCGAACGGUUCUAACCAGGGAGUUUUUUUGACAGCCAGACAGCAAAACGGCCGUCAGUUUUCAAGCGG